CCCUGGGGACCCCAGUGUGACGUCAGAGCCACCACUGUGAGGUCAGAGUUGGCCAGCGUGGCCUUCCCGCCCAGGGAGGAAGCCCCAGCUGCCAUUUGGCUGUUGCCCUGGGCAGGCAGCUUCUGCUGCAGGUGCUCUUGGGCUGCUCAAGCUGUUGGUGUCUGGACAGGCCAAGUGCUGCGCUGAGCGGGGAGCCCGCCCUUGCCAGCCAUGGCCAGGAGAAAGGCACCCCAGAGAAGAUGCCGAGGGGCCUCCAAAGGCUCCUUGGAGGCCAAGGCCGACCAAGAGCCGGCAGGGGAGGCAGCGGGGCCGAGCCGCUGCCAGACGAGUGGGUAAGAAUUGGCUGCUCCUGCCUGGGGCGGCGGGUUGGGGUGGGAGCUGGGACGCGGCCGGACACGACCCGUGGGGUGGGGAGCAGCGUGGGGAAGAUGACAGAGGCUUCUGGAGAGAGAAACGGAGCUGGGGAAGGGGCUGCCUCUGGCCCCGCAGCUGGGACGUCGCCUGCGAGGCUUCCCGAGGCCGAGCUCUGGCCAGGGCCUCGGUUCACACAGCGUGGGGCUGGUGGGCAAGCGGCAUCUCCCUUUGUCCUCCUGCAGGAGCGCCGGCACGAGGUUGGAGCUGGUGACGCGAUUCUGGAAGUCAAGUCCCGGCUCUGCCACUCAGGGAUUUGCAAAGUGGCGCAAUGAGGCCACAAAAAUUGCAUGGAUUGUCUUCAGCCUCACUUGCCGUGGGGCAGGUGCCCUGGUCUCCCUGUGGACAUGUCUGCCGAGUGUGUCUGUCUUUGCCAUGCACAAGAUGGCCCCAAAAAAGAACUGGUUUGUGAUGGACAGGCAGAGGAUGCAGUUCUUGAGGGACAUGAGGUGCUUCCGAGUCAUCCUCCUGUUGCUUCUGGUGGCUCUUGGCAUUUACUGCACAACCUCGAUGCCAGGGUGGACAACACAGGCAAAGGGAUGGAUGGAGGUGGGUGACUCCUGCAAGGGAGCGCUGCUGACAGGGGCUGCAGAAAUCACGGGCUCUUCUGCUUCCGUGCAGGGCGACCCAAAGAAAGAGCAGCUUGAGCCGUGUCUCCUGGGGAAGCCUCCCCCGGGGAGCCCUGGCAGCUCUGGUGGUGGAGACUCUAACGGGGAAUUGUUCCCUUUCAGGAGCAGAUCUGUGGGUCCGCAAUCGAACGGAAGAUCCAGAGGUAAGAGAUGUUUCCUGAGCUGCAACUGGGUCUCUGCAGAAGCCUCAGCCAACACCUUAUGCUACCUGCACCCAUUUUUCUAAAGCCAGGGCUCCCGUCCUUCCCUCUGGCCUUUGCAUUGCUCAGCCUGGUGAGGAGGGAAGCGCUGGCAAAGCCGGGCGAGCACACGUGUCUGUGCUCCGUGCUGAGCUCCGGCGCUCCCCAGAGGGGAUGGACAUCUCUCUGACAAGAUCUGCCUUCCUGGUCCUUCAGCAAUUACCAGGCUUUGCUGGUGGCACAAAAUCAAAAUAUGCGGCGUCUGCUGCAGGAGGUGGCUCAGCUGAGGGUGCAGCUCAUCAGCGCGAGGAAGGCAGCGUCCGAGGCGGCUUCGCAAGUCUCCGUGGAGAUGUCUGACUGGGCCCUGCAGAGCGCUGGUGCUGCCAUCGACACGCGGAGAACUUCCCAGACCUACGGCUGCCAAGGGAAUUGGAUCUGCGGCGUUAUACAGUUAUUUCAUGCUGCCAACCCUCCUGAGGCUGUUCUGCAGCCCGAUGUUUCCCCAGGGAACUGCUGGCCUUUCCAAGGGCGUCAGGGCCAGGUGGUCAUCCGGUUGCCAGCACGAGUCCACCUGAGCGCCGUCACUGUGCAGCACAUCUCCAAGGAAGCUUCUCCCUCUGGGUCCGUCAUUAGCGCCCCCAGAGACAUCGCUGUCUUUGUAAGUGUCUGCUGGGCGCUUCUGCCCUGGGGCCAAGCCGUGACAGUGACUUUGUGCAUCCUCGGAGGUUUGUGUCCCUCUCUCUCCUGA